AUGGCCGCCGCGGGGAAAGUCAUUAUUGUCACCGGCGCCUCCCGGGGCAUCGGGCUCGCCGUUAGCCACUUCCUGCUGCAGCGCCAAUGCAGGCUCGUCGUUGUCGCCCGAAGCAAGGAGCCCCUCGAGCGUUUGCGCGCUGAGCACCCGGAACAGGUGCAGCUCCUGUCAGGAGACCUCUCCGACUUUUCCAUCGGCAAACAGGCUGCCGAUCUCGCUCUCAAGCACUGGAACCGCCUGGACGGGCUCGUCGUGAACCACGGUGUGCUCGAGCCCGUGAAGAAGAUCUGUGACACGGAGCCCGACGAGUGGAGGGCUGCCUUUGAUGUCAACGUCUUCUCCGCCAUUGCCCUGAUCAAGGCCGCCCUGCCAGCCCUGCGCGCCUCCAACGGCCGCAUUGUCCUGGUCUCCUCUGGCGCUGCUGCACACUCGUACACGGCCUGGGGUGCCUAUGGUGCAUCAAAAGCCGUGCUCAAUCACUUGGCCGAGACAUUGGCUGCCGAAGAGCCUGACGUUACUACCGUCUCCAUCCGUCCCGGUACGGUUGAUACGGCUAUGCAGGACAACAUCCGGGCCACUCAUCACAAACACAUGGACCCGAAGGACGCAGAGAAAUUUCUUGGUUUGCCAGCUAACGGUAAAUUGCUCCGUCCUGACCAGCCGGGCAACGUCAUGGCCCGACUGGUUCUCGACGCCCCCAAGGAGCUGAACGGCCAAUUCCUCAACUGGAACGACAAGGAGCUGUCUGCAUUCCAGGACGCGUGA